AUGCCUAAGUACAAGGAAAUCGACUACAAGGGACCAAGAGGUCACUGGCCGCUUUGGGUGAUCCCAUUUUUAGUGGCAUUACUUCUUGUUUUGAUCGGAAUCUUUAUUUUUAUCACCCUCGGCGCGAAGCAACAUCGUUGCCUCUUCUUCGACUGUGAACAACCAAUAGAUAAAGUCGUCAAAGUGAACGAAGAGCGAAACGACACCGUCAUUCCCCCCAAAGGUGAAGAAUUAGGAUCCGAUGUUAAGCUGAACGAAGAACCUGGCAAGAACAUUGCUUCAAAUUUCACCAUGACCGUUCAAGGAGAGCUGACCUUCGCUAGCGGCCCUCCAGAUAGCCUGCCACCAAACUCUCACUUGAAAGUCAAGUUUGAAGAUGUAAGCCUUAUGGACGUCUCUUCCAAGUUACUUGGGGAAACUAUGGUCGACUUGUCUGGUUAUAGUAAAGCUGACAACCUUCAAUACACCAUCAAGUGCAAAAAACCUAACUCACACGGCAUGUACGGUGUUUCCGCCGUGUUGAACGUUGGCUGGAAGCCGGACAGAAACUCUUGGAUCAGAAAGGGUGAUUACUUGACGGAUACGUCCUUCAACGUGAAAAUCAAAGACGAAGUGAGCGAUUACAAGAAAGAUAUUACCCUGGUUCAAAUAUAAUUAGCGGUAAGGACGCAUUUAUUUCAUACUCGUACACGUUAAACCCCGUACGGAGGGCGAGAAGAGUUGCUUUAAACGUUCGAAUUAAGAUAUUAGAAAGCUGUAAGAAUAAAUUUUUUAGAUAACUCAAUAGAGCUUACCCUCUGCCUCAAUAUUAAGUUAAGUGUUUUUAGUUCUAGAACAUAUUUAUCUGUUUGGAAUGUAUUUAGAAGCCUGCUGGGAGAUGUUGUUUGGGUUUGCCCCCCUCGAGGGAGAUUUUUUAUAAUUAUAAGCUUAAGCUUAUUUAAGCCCAAACGCAAAAUAUGCUCUCUCACUCUCCAUUUGAGCAGGUAAAGUCAAGGCCCUCCUUAAUUCACUCACUUUACCCACAGCAAAAUUCAUAUAUGAGCUUAAUGUUAAUUCCAGUUAAUUCCUCAGAAUUUUUUACUGUUUUCCAACCUAGUACGGCGGUAGUUUUGGGCCAUGAUGAUCAUUCCCUAAAUUGGGGAGAAAGGGUUGCUAAUAUAUAAAAGUAUAAGUAGUUGGCACAGGUGCCUGCCCUUAAAAUGGCCCAGGUUGGAAAUAUCCCUACUUAGUUCCCUACUCUACUCAAGUCGUUCAUCACAAGGUACUUUGGUUUGUCCUUUUCCUCAAAAUCCAACGUCCUAAUUGUGUAUAGACCUACAAAUUGUCACAUUGUUGAAACAUCUUUCAUGUUAAGCCCUCUCCAUUUUCAAUUCACAUACUAUGCACUGCAAAUAAAGGCAAAUUUCAUUAUGGUGAAGGAGAGACGAGGUACACACAGGCAAAAGGUAGGUAGACGAGUUGGUUGAGAAGGGGUGACAUGAGAAAUCCUCAGUUUGAGAAGCAUUGUAGGAAACGGUAUAUGAAGAGCCCCCAGCCACUCCAUGGAUAGGCUACCAUCAAUAUCAUUAUUUUAUUCACAUUUAUUGAAAUUCAUAGCUCAUAACUUAAGUCCAGCUAAGAAGCAGGCAGAAAAACAAAAGCCCACAGCAAUAGCAUCAGUUAUUUUUCAGACACUAAUUUUUCUAAUCAAAUUAAAUCUGAAUGCCCUGAUGGGUCAAUGCAGCGAAAAGCGCAAAAUUUGAAUGUAAGAGUUGAAUUAAGGUAGCUCAAGACUCAUUCGAACAACUUUUUAUUUCAUCUAUUGCUUUGUUAUGUUGAAAAAUACAACAUGUCUAGAAUUUAGAGGAUUUCUAUGCGUCAAACCCAAGGAAGUUAAACUGAUAUGAAAUUACAUGAAGCUAGAUGAGCACAGUGUUACAUCAAUCAGCGACGUUGUGAACAACAUUUACAUCAGCUCUCAAAAAAGAAAUGUCAAAACCAUGAUCAUAAACAGCAGCAAUUCACUCUCACGUGGUGAAUCUGACAAACACCCCAAUGUCACGUGUGCAUAUUUGGCCACCAUACAGAACAACAACAAGUACACAAAAUCAAAUCUAAAUGUUAUCUAAAUUUUCUACAUUUGGAGAAAAAAAUGAUGUUGCCCAGAUAGAAAAAAUUCCUGCAUGUUCGGAGAAUCGGGUUUCAGUAAAAGCUCUCCUCCUGUUUAUCUGUGUACAACGUUUUGAUAUUUACUCUAUACAAAAAUCCUUCUUGUAACCUCUCUCGUCCUUGGGAAAAAUAAAGGCAAGCUACAGUUAUGCUCGCUAGAUCUUCCAUACCAAGAGAAAUUCAAACACCAGUGACAGCUAUAUACAUGUAUGUUAACUAAGCGGCUUCCAUCUCAGAACUCAAGGGUACAAAAUGCAAACUUGUGUCACAGAUUUCAAUUCAUCAUUUUAUUUAAUUUAAGGUGUUUGGUGAACUUCCAUUUCUUAGUUAAGACGCGUCUUAUUUUCCCUCGUAUAAAUGGCCCUAAUAAUUACACUCAAAGCAGGUCAAGUAUUCCCAUCGCUAACAAACUGAUGAAUUCAUUAAUGGGAAAAGGAUUUUGUUUGUUGAUUCAAUAAUCCAUUCAUAAAAUGAACAGUAUCAAAUGUUGAUCCGAUUACUGUUUUUUGAAAAAACUACACUUUCCACAAGUCGACCACAGAAUUUUGUUUUUCCGUCUUUUUUUCUAAGAGUCGAGUGCAGGCAAGUUCCGAAGUUCAAACCCAAACAAACUGUUUACAUGUAUGCCAUUUUGCUGCCAGUAAUCAGUACAACAGACCUGACCUCUCAGAAAACAAGAUGGCCAAACUGAGUUCAGAAUAUGUGCGGUGACUGGUGGAUUUUGAUCCUCGGCCUUUGUCAGUUUCUUUAUGUUAGCGGUGUGUCUAUUCUAGCUGUUAUUUUGAUUAAAGGCAAUGAAAAGCGCAAUCAUUUAAUUUUAUAAGUUUCAGAGGCUCUUCACAAUGUUUCCUUAGCAAAGUAACCUUACAUAACUUUACUAUUAUGUUCUAGAUGAUUAGUUAUAUUUUAGAUUUCUUAUGGAUUUCUGGACUGCAUGCUUGAUAUUUUCCCAGCUCAAACAAUUUAGAUAGUUUUGCCAUAGCUUUAUUCAAUAUGAAUUGUAUAUGUUUUCUUUCAGACAGUGGCAGUUGGUACUGUGUUUCUAAAAUCAAGACUUGGUUUUGCUGGAAAUAAAGUACUCCUUCUAUGGUUGUGUAUGGAGAAAUUUUAAUGAUAUCUAAAUUAUUUUUACUGCCUAACUUUCACAAUAUUCAAAACUAUGUGAGGAAAUCACAACUGGGAUCUAUGUAAAGAACUCCCUAAACAAUGUAAAUUUAGAUUACUUAGAUAUUUCAAGGUAAUUUAUGCCUGAAAUUUUAAGAAAACACUGUCAUGAUAUUGCUCCUCUACACUGUCAUGAUAUUGAUCCUCUUACUUUUGAACAGCAUUUGAGACACUGUAAUUUCAUAAAAUUGUGGGUAAGGGUAAGUUAAAUAAUAUAUGUAACACAUGUCAGUUAAGGUUCAUACAAUACAGCAAGGCACAGUUGUUCGAAGGCUGAUUAGCACUAACCCAGGGUUAAAUUUUAACCCGGGUCUCUUUUUUCUUUUCAUCAAAAGCAUUUUUCUCAGACAAUUUUCUCUAUUCUUUUUAGAGUAGCCAAUCAUCAAAUUGUUGACAAAAAGAAUUAAACUGAAUUUGAUUUUUAAGCUUUCAUAUCUGAAUUCAAAUUUCGAACUAACCCUGGGUUAUCUUAACCCAGCUUUGAACAACUCGGCCCAGAUGUCUUGAGUAAAAUUUUAUACCUCUAAGUAGUGACAACAGAGUUGUUGUAAUGAUCUGCCUUUCCCAGCUUGAACUCUGGCAGGAAGUAUAUUAUUUAUAACAUAUCACCAACUAUGGCAUGUAAAUGAUAUUUCUUGGUGUAAGCAUUUUUUUGUCUUUUGCUAGUAUGUAGCCUAUUUUUAGCCUAUUAGUUUUUAAUGUAAAUCACUAAGUCUGCAUUUAGUGAGAUAUGCAAAAGGCAAUAAAAGUGAAGAGGUAACAACUAGUCUGGUCUAAUUGAUUAAAAAUGAUUUUUACCACUCAUACAUUAGAAAAGAUUUUCUCCUUAUACCCAUGCAUGGAAGUGUAUGGACAAAAAAUUAGCAGAAGUACAUGUAUAACAUUGUGUUACAACCAAUCACAGCAAACUACUGUGAUUGAUUUUAUUGCUUGUGCUUUUCCCAUGCCUUAUUGGCUUUUCCUGACACAACACAAUAUCAUUCCAGAAAUAUUUGUGGUUUUUGUGGUUGUCUGAUGUCUGAGUUUUACAGGCAAUGUUUCAUUCUUUUUUUGUUUUGUUAUUUAUUUUAUUAAAAAAAGUCUUGAGGAUGCCAACAUGAUUCACGCAAAUUGUUUUACAAUCGGGUCCUCAAUUAAAGAAAUAUAUAUGUAAAGGAAACAACAAAGCAAAUAAAGAAAAGCGGAAGAAAGGUAAGAAUAUUAAUUAAUAGCAAUAAUGAUGAUAAUAAUAAUGAUAGUAAUAAUUAAUAACAAUAUUUUUUAUAUUUAUUACAAGCUAAAAAUGUACUGAAAGACAAAAAUGAACAAGCCUGGUAAAAAGGGGAAUUCAUCUUAGGGAAAUGUCCAAAAGAGUUCCAAACAGCAGCAGCAAACAUGAACAAAGUUCAGAGUUGUCCAAUGACUGCUUCUUCAAGAGCCAAAAGGUUUACGGCUAUUAUGGGACACAAGUGCAUAAAAAGGCCGUUAACAUUAUCUACCUGUAAAUAAAAAUAGUGUGGUGUUCAGUCCUGCAGAAAUGCAUAACCAAUAUAACAAAAAAAUAAUCAAGCAUAUUUAGGGGAGUAAUGCAUGCAUACUUGAUGAUAGUUUUAACUCAGUAGUGCCACUGGCAAUUUUGGCAAAAUUAAUUCUCAGGCAAUUUGAAAAUCUGGGGUGAUAUAAUGAUCAUGAGAUGCCUUGUCAUCUGGGAUUUUCUUGACAUUAAAAACCCCGGCUCCAGGCCUACACAAUAUAACUCACAGGACCAUCUACAGCCUACACCUGCCUCCACCUGCCUCCACCUUAUUUUUAGGCCAAGCUGAGGCCUACGAGACCAAGGCAUUUUUAUUUUUGAAGAGCCAGUCCCCUCUAUCUUAGACUGUGAACACAGGCGGCAACCGGAAAUGCAUCUCUGUUCGUGGGCUAUAUCUGUGUAUGUGGGCCCAAACGCAGCUAGCGGUCUGACUUGUUUUUCGCACUAAGAAUUGCAUUUUUUAACUUAUUAUCAUCAUCAUUUAUAUUAUUAGUAGUAUUAUUAUUAUCAUUAUCAUCAGUUUUUGAUUAUGCUUCUUUUAAUGUCGUAUCCAGACCUCACCUUGUCCUACUUGGGAGGUCUGGGUACAAGAUACUGCUCAACGGGAGCAUUGGACACAAAAAAAGGACAGGAACAAGUUCAAUAUGAAUCGUUCAGUAUUUUAAAUAUAUUCAAGGCUUGACUACUUGGAUUGCAGCCAUUCGAUUGGAAGCUCAUGUUGCCCACGUUUGUUUGAGAUGGAAAUGAUUCAGUGUCAUUAUUUGAACAGCUGAAAGGUCCGAGGCGUAGUUUGUAUCCUGGCUGGUUUUUUCUCAGAGGUAAACAGUGACUGUCAUCCAAGGAAACUUAUCGUGUUACUCAUCACAAGAAAUUAACCUCGUUAGGCAUAUAUCGCAAUGAUCGAAAUCACUGGAGAAGUGAAAUUUCGCGCUAACGCGCCCGAAAGCAUCCCCUCAAACUCUCAUUUGACGGUGAAGUUUGAAGAUGUAAGCCUGAUGGAUGCUCCGUCAGUCAAGCUUGGUGAAACAAACCUCUCUCGUCCUUGGGAAAAAUAAAGGCAAGCUACAGUUAUGCUCGCUAGAUCUUCCAUACCAAGAGAAAUUCAAACACCAGUGACAGCUAUAUACAUGUAUGUUACCUAAGCGGCUUCCAUCUCAGAACCCAAGGGUACAAAAUGCAAACUUGUGUCACAGAUUUCAAUUCACCAUUUUAUUUAAUUUAAGGUGUUUGGUGAACUUCCAUUUCUUAUUUAAGACGCGUCUUAUUUUCCCUCGUAUAAAUGGCCCUAAUAAUUACACUCAAAGCAGGUCAAGUAUUCCCAUCGCUAAUAAACUGAUGAAUUCAUUAAUGGGAAAAUGAUUUUGUUUGUUGAUUCAAUAAUCCAUUCAUAAAAUGAACAGUAUCAAAUGUUGAUCCGAUUACUGUUUUUUGAAAAAACUACACUUUUCACAAGUCGACUGCAGAAUUUUGUUUUUCCGUCUUUUUUUCUAAGAGUCGCGUGCAGGCAAGUUCCGAAGUUCAAACCCAAACAAACUGUUUACAUGUAUGCCAUUUUGCUGCCAGUAAUCAGUACAACAGACCUGACCUCUCAGAAAACAAGAUGGCCAAACUGAGGUCAGAAUAUGUACGGUGACUGGUGGAUUUUGAUCCUCGGCCUUUGUCAGUUUCUUUACGUUAGCGGUGUGUCUAUUCUAGCUGUUAUUUUGAUUAAAGGCAAUGAAAAACGCAAUCAUUUAAUUUUAUAAGUGUCAGAGGCUCUUCACAAUGUUUCCUUAGCAAAGUAACCUUACAUAACUUUACUAUUAUGUUCUAGAUGAUUAGUUAUAUUUUAGAUUUCUUAUGGAUUUCUGGACUGCAUGCUUGAUAUUUUCCCAGCUCAAACAAUUUAGAUAGUUUUGCCAUAGCUUUAUUCAAUAUGAAUUGUAUAUGUUUUCUUUCAGACAGUGGCAGUUGGUACUGUGUUUCUAAAAUCAAGACUUGGUUUUGCUGGAAAUAAAGUACUCCUUCUAUGGUUGUGUAUGGAGAAAUUUUAAUGAUAUCUAAAUUAUUUUUACUGCCUAACUUUCACAAUAUUCAAAACUAUGUAAGGAAAUCACAACUGAGAUCUAUGUAAAGAACUCCCUAAACAAUGUAAAUUUAGAUUACUAAGAUAUUUCAAGUUAAUUUAUGCCUGAAAUUUUAAGAAAACACUGUCAUGAUAUUGCUCCUCUACACUGUCAUGAUAUUGAUCCUCUUACUUUUGAACAGCAUUUGAGACACUGUAAUUUCAUAAAAUUGUGGGUAAGGGUAAGUUCAAUAAUAUAUGUAACACAUGUCAGUUAAGGUUCAUACAAUACAGCAAGGCACAGUUGUUCGAAGGCUGAUUAGCGCUAACCCGGGGUUAAAUUUUAACCCGGGUCUCUUUUUUCUUUUCAUCAAAAGCAUUUUUCUCAGACAAUUUUCUCUAUUCUUUUUAGAGUAGCCAAUCAUCAAAUUGUUGGCAAAAAGAAUUAAACUCAAUUUGAUUUUUAAGCUUUCAUAUCUGAAUUCAAAUUUCGAACUAACCCUGGGUUAUCUUAACCCAGCUUUGAACAACUCGGCCGAGAUGUCUUGAGUAAAAUUUUAUACCUCUAAGUAGUGACAACAGAGUUGUUGUAAUGAUCUGCCUUUCCCAGCUUGAACUCUUGCAGGAAGUAUAUUAUUUAUAACAUAUCACCGGCUAUGGCAUGUAAAUGAUAUUUCUUGGUGUAAGCAUUUUUUUGUCUUUUGCCAGUACGUAGCCUUUUUUUAGCCUAUUAGUUUUUAAUGUAAAUCACGAAGUCUGCAUUUAGUGAGAUAUGCAAAAGGCAAUAAAAGUGAAGAGGUAACAACUAGUCUGUUCUAAUUAUAUUUUAAACUUUCUGGGCACUUGAUUAAAAAUGAUUUUUACCACUCAUACAUUAGAAAAGAUUUUCUCCUUAUACCCAUGCAUGGAAGUGUAUGGACAAAAAAUUAGCAGAAGUACAUGUAUAACAUUGUGUUACAACCAAUCACAGCAAACUACUGUGAUUGAUUUUAUUGCUUGUGCUUUUCCCAUGCCUCAUUGGCUUUUCCCGACACAACACAAUAUCAUUCCAGAAAUAUUUGUGGUUUUUGUGGUUGUCUGAUGUCUGAGUUUUACAGGCAAUGUUUCAUUCUUUUUUUGUUUUGUUAUUUAUUUUAUUACAAAAAGUCUUCAUUGAGGAUGCCAACAUGAUUCACGCAAAUUGUUUUACAAUCGGGUCCUCAAUUAAAAAAAUAUAUAUGUAAAGGAAACAUCAAAGCAAAUAAAGAAAAGUGGAAGAAAGGUAAGAAUAUUAAUUAAUAAUAAUGAGGAUAAUAAUAAUGAUAGUAAUAAUUAAUAACAAUAUUUUUUAUAUUUAUUACAAGCUAAAAAUGUACUGAAAGACAAAAAUGAACAAGCCUGGUAAAAAGGGGAAUUCAUCUUAGGGAAAUGUCCAAAAGAGUUCCAAACAGCAGCAGCAAACAUGAACAAAGUUCAGAGUUGUCCAAUGACUGCUUCUUCAAGAGCCAAAAGGUUUACGGCUAUUAUGGGACACAAGUGCAUAAAAAGGCCGUUAACAUUAUCUACCUGUAAAUAAAAAUAGUGUGGUGUUCAGUCCUGCAGAAAUGCAUAACCAAUAUAACAAAAAAAUAAUCAAGCAUAUUUAGGGGAGUAAUGCAUGCAUACUUGAUGAUAGUUUUAACUCAGUAGUGCCACUGGCAAUUUUGGCAAAAUUAAUUCUCAGGCAAUUUGAAAAUCUGGGGUGAUAUAAUGAUCAUGAGAUGCCUUGUCAUCUGGGAUUUUCUUGACAUUAAAAACCCCGGCUCCAGGCCUACACAAUAUAACUCACAGGACCAUCUACAGCCUACACCUGCCUCCACCUGCCUCCACCUUAUUUUUAGGCCAAGCUGAGGCCUACGAGACCAAGGCAUUUUUAUUUUUGAAGAGCCAGUCCCCUCUAUCUUAGACUGUGAACACAGGCGGCAACCGGAAAUGCAUCUCUGUUCGUGGGCUAUAUCUGUGUAUGUGGGCCCAAACGCAGCUAGCGGUCUGACUUGUUUUUCGCACUAAGAAUUGCAUUUUUUAACUUAUUAUCAUCAUCAUUUAUAUUAUUAGUAGUAUUAUUAUUAUCAUUAUCAUCAGUUUUUGAUUAUGCUUCUUUUAAUGUCGUAUCCAGACCUCACCUUGUCCUACUUGGGAGGUCUGGGUACAAGAUACUGCUCAACGGGAGCAUUGGACACAAAAAAAGGACAGGAACAAGUUCAAUAUGAAUCGUUCAGUAUUUUAAAUAUAUUCAAGGCUUGACUACUUGGAUUGCAGCCAUUCGAUUGGAAGCUCAUGUUGCCCACGUUUGUUUGAGAUGGAAAUGAUUCAGUGUCAUUAUUUGAACAGCUGAAAGGUCCGAGGCGUAGUUUGUAUCCUGGCUGGUUUUUUCUCAGAGGUAAACAGUGACUGUCAUCCAAGGAAACUUAUCGUGUUACUCAUCACAAGAAAUUAACCUCGUUAGGCAUAUAUCGCAAUGAUCGAAAUCACUGGAGAAGUGAAAUUUCGCGCUAACGCGCCCGAAAGCAUCCCCUCAAACUCUCAUUUGACGGUGAAGUUUGAAGAUGUAAGCCUGAUGGAUGCUCCGUCAGUCAAGCUUGGUGAAACAGAAGUUGAUUUGACCAAUUAUAAGAAGGAAGAAGCUCUGGUGUACUGUAUAAAAUGCCCAAUGCCUUCCCCUAUUGCCCCUGAUUACAGUGUUUCAGCCGUUUUGAAUGUUGGUUGGAAGUGUGACGCGGACUCUUGGAUAAGGAAAGGGGAUUAUUUGACCGAUACCCGUCACCCAGUCCACAUUGAAGACGGAACAAAUUGCUACAAAGUUGAUGUUGAAUUAGUAAAGUACUAA